AUGGUUGGAAUAUUUGUUUUCUCAUCCAUUCUAGGACAAGUUGGUAAUGUUAUUGCAAAUCGAAAUGCUAGUCGUUUAGAAUUCGAACGUUUAUUGGAUAGUGCAAAACAAUAUAUGCGUACACAUAAUGUUCCACCUGAAAUGCAACGACGUGUUCAACGUUGGUAUGAUUAUUCAUGGUCACGUGGCCGAAUGUCGGGUGCUGGUGAUGUUCAUUCAAUCAAACUUUUACCUGAUAAACUUAAAACUGAAUUAGCGCUACAUGUUAAUUUAGGAACCUUAAAAAAGGUAACUAUAUUUCAAGAAUGUCAACCUGAAUUUCUACAUGAUCUUGUUCUUAAAAUGCGUGCUUAUAUUUUUACACCGGGUGAUAUAAUUUGUCGUAAAGGUGAAGUAGCGCGUGAAAUGUUUAUUAUAGCCGAUGGCGUUCUUGAAGUAGUCAAUGAAAAAAAUGAUGUAUUAACACGUAUGGGUGCGGGAGAUUUUUUUGGUGAAAUUGGUAUAUUAAAUAUUGAUGGUGCUAAUCGACGAACAGCUGAUGUACGAAGUGUUGGAUAUUCCGAAUUAUUUUCUUUAUCAAAAGAAGAUGUAUUAGAAGGUUGUCGUGAUUAUCCUGAAGCUGAACGUAAAUUAUAUGAAUAUGCACAAAAUAGACUUGAUGUUGAACGAGCAAAAAAAGAAGCAGCAGCAGCAGAAAAAAUGAAGGGUGCUGUUAAUACAUUAACAUCGAUUGCAUCAUGUUUAACACAUAAUCCAAUAACAACAGCAGAAACAACAAUGCCUGUUAUAAUAAAAAAAAAUUCACUGAAAGAGAAUGAUGAUAAAGAUAAGAAAGAAGUAUCGGAAUCAGCACCAUUAACUCAAAUUAAUCGAAAGACAACUAUAACGGAUCGAACAAGACUAAAAUCGAAAUAUUCAAACACAAGUAUAAAUAAUCUAAACUGUGAUAAUAAAGAAAAACUUCUUUGUAAUCCAUGUCCAACUCCAGAAAACUCAUUUUUAAUGCCUUCAUCACAUUUAUAUUCAACAGAUUUGAUGAAUAGUAUUCAAUUACUUGUUAAUAGCAAAUUGAAUAUGAUAGAAAAAAGAUAUCACGAUCAAGUAGCUGAAUUACAAGAUGAAAAUCAACGUAAAGAUUUACGAAUUAAAUUAUUAGAACAAAAAUUACAAAAAUUACAGAAAACUUUACUUCAUCGUAAUCGAAUAUGGUUUGAAGAGGAAUAA